UUCGCUCAGCGUUGUGAAUCGUUUGAGCGAACAUAUUGCGAGGCAAUUUUACUAUAAAAGCGGAUUGCUGCAGCUUCCAGCAUUAUUUUCUCCACAGCCAGUGCCACAGAGGCGUCGCAUAGCGUGCGGGUUCCAUUGACGUCACAGCCGCUGCGUCAAUUGGUUUAAAAGUGCUGCCACGCCUACCCAACCAUGUUGCAAGCUGCUGUAAGCCAGUGAACGAAGUUGCCAACAGCAUUAUGGAUAGCUCCAUGUAUUAUAAAGCAUUAAGGGACAGCGCUGUAGACGCGACAGAGACUGCUUUGAUCAACAGCGACGUCGACAGCGGCAGCACUGCUACGCCACACGUUGAGGAUGGCGUCUCCAUGGACAACUUCUAUCCGGCUUUGGUGCAAUGUUUUGGUAUUAUUAUAUGCGGCUAUAUAGCGGGACGCUUUAAGAUCAUCAGCAAUGCGGAAACCAAAGGAUUGGCCACAUUUGUGGGCACCUUCGCCCUGCCGUCGCUCAUCUUUCUCUCACUCGUCGAGCUCAAUUGGAGAGCCGUGAACUGGACCUUUCUGCUGGCCAUGCUCAUAUCGAAGGCAAUUGUCUUCUUUGCCGUAUUGGUCAUUUGUCUGCUCGUGGCGCGACCUUUGAACUAUGCGCGUGCCGGUCUAAUGGCCAUCUUCUGCACGCAGAGCAACGAUUUUGCCAUUGGAUAUCCCAUAGUUAUGGCUCUUUAUAAAGAUGUCCACCCGGAGUAUGCUUCGUAUUUGUACCUAAUGGCGCCCAUUUCGCUGGCCAUUCUCAAUCCCAUUGGCUUGGUUCUCUUGGAGAUUAGCAAGAUUAUCAACAGCAAGAAGGAGGUUAGCCGUAAUCCGCCCCUCUGCCCGGAAACCUGUCCCGCUGAGCAGCUUAGCAAGCAGCGCCGUUGCCUGGGCGAGCAUACGAUACUCGUGUGGAAUACCAUCAAGUCGUUAUUCUUCAAUCCUUUGCUGCUGAUGACACUGCUGGGCGUGGCAGCUGGCUUCCUCUUUCCCAAAGGACUGCCCGAAGUGGUGGCUAGCGUGCUGCGGGUGUUCGGACAGAGUUUCUCGGCCACGGCUUUGUUUUUGUUGGGCCUCAAGAUUUUGGGCGGCGGCACCGGAACGGAACGCAAGACAAUGGGCAUGGGUCUGCUGCUGCCAAGUGUGCUCAUUCUGGUUAAGAUUUUGGUAUUGCCUUUGGUCUGUCGCCAAACUGUGAACAUUAUUCAGGCCGGCGAGAACUUCAAUGAUACCACGGAGCUGAGCACCUUUGGCUUUCUCUAUGGCACCUUUCCUGCGGCGCCGGGCGCCUUUGUCAUUGCUACCCAAUACAAUGUGGAAGUGGAACUGAUCGCUCGCAGCAUGGUCUUGUGCACGUUCAUCUCGGCGCCGCUUAUGUUUAUAUCCGCCAAGAUGAUAUCGCUGACGAAUCUAAAACCCUUGGACUAUUUACACGAGCUGGAUGCCUUCUCCUUUGACAUCAGCGUGGCAGGCGCCGCCGCCUGUUGCUGGAUGCUCGCGCUGCUGAUAGUGACGAAGCGCUUUAAGCGCAUGCCGCAACGCAUAACAGCUUGCCUAGUGCUCUCACAGCUCAUGUGCUGCAUUGGCGUCAUACUCUGGUCGAAGCUGGAUCACGUGGAGCGCUGGCCUCUGUACCUGCAGUUCUUUUUGUUCAAUAUAGGCACCUACAGCUCGCGCUUAUGGACAGCUAUACUGGCCAUAACGCUGCUCUUCUUGCAGUGUCGCAGCUUGUGCUUUGUGCUCAAACUGUGGCCCUAUAUGCUCGUCUUUGCUUGGGGCGUGCCGGCUCUUAUCUCUGGUCUGCUAAUCGCCUUCGAUUCCAAAUCCAUGCCUAGUGAGAAACAGAAUCCCAGCUUUCAAUAUGGCAAUGCCCAGGCAGCUAUUGCAGUCUUUCUGCUCGUGAUGUGCUUCAUAGUUACUGUGGGCUGUCUCGUGCUGCAUCAACGUUAUAAGAAGCGCUAUGAAAAGUACCUGACCUAUUCGCGUGAGUUAUCCAAUCCGGAUUCGGCAUCCGAUUUGCAUUCAACUGUAUCAACGGCCAAUUUGUUGGCCAAUGCAGAUCGUUCGCCCUUGCGGCAGAGCUUGCGCACAACUUCGUAUUCCUCCUCGUCCGACGAUGAUGAAAUGAUCACCACAACUGUUGUGCCCGAGAUCAGGGCGAAUGGUGGCUGUGGCUCCGGCAAUGGCAACUGUUGCUCCACCUCGACGGCAACCACGCCCACAACAGCAUCCACUGUGGUCAUGGAUAUAGAAGAUCUACUAAAUCGCAGCCGGCAGCGCAAUGUGAUGAAGGAUUUGGAUAAGAUUGAUAGUGCCCCAACAACAGAAUCCCACAUGUGCAGCAGUGCGUACAACUGCGGUCCGAGCACCUCGCGCCAGAGCUGUCAGAAUAUCAUUGAACGGUAUGAGGAGCAGACGCGCAGUGGUCUGGAGCCAUUGGAGCAUACGAGCGAUUCCGAUGAGCAUCAGACACUGAAGCAUACCAUUCUAUUGAUCAUACUGCUCUGCUCCAUGUUUGUCGGCCUGGCCGUGUCCAUUUGGACGCUGGUCAUGGAGGGUAUGUCGGGCAUCUAUUUGGAGCUAAGUUUCCUAGAUGCGUUCCUCAACUUUGGCCAGGGAUUAAUUGUGCUCGCUGUGUUUAUAAGCGACACAGGCGAGCUGCUAAUGCCACUGAUCAAAUUCUGGCGUAAACUCUGGUAUGGCGCCAAUGUCGUCAGUCUACCUCACUGGUCCACUCUACGGCCGGAGACAAAGCAGAUAUGCGAGCAGUUUCGCAAUCAUCACUUGGAGAACUGCAAGAAGGACAUUGCCAAGGAUAGACGAUGGCGCAUUCGUGUUUACCGCAAGGUAUUCUAUGGCAGCGAAUUCGUUAGCUGGCUCAUCGAGGUGGGCCUCUCGAAGGAUCGCAUUGAGGCUGUGCAUUAUGCACGACAUCUGGUCGACGGUCGUGUACUGCGACACAUUAACAACGUUUAUCAUUUCGAGGAUAAGCAAUUGCUUUACAACUUCUGCAGUCGCAUCUAAACGACAUGAGAAUGCAACGACGCCAAAUGUUAAGUUCGUUUCUGUUAUGAUUAAGUGAGAAUCGUGUUAUUCGUGUGCUGUGAUUGUACGCUAGCGGGUAUGCACAUCACACAUACGCACGCGCACACAG